AUGAAUAACCAUAGUGACAGCAGUGCCACAAGUGUACCGAAUGGGACGGCUGCUGAUGAACCUUUUGCCCAGAGGAACAAGUUCGAUAUGAAGAACAUCGCAAAUACUAUUCUGAAAUUACAAUUUGUCAACAAUUCGUCAAAUGAUUCCCCGAUCAAUCACCACCGCACAGGUGGAUCCGAUAUGAAGAAAAUGGCUGAAUGCAAAAAGCAGAAAAAUGAAGCAUUAAAUCAAAAAUAUCUAGUGAAAUACACACAACAAACGGCCAAGCAAAAACUAACCCAGGUACAAAGAAACUCGUCAUUAUUACGUUCGUUUUCCAUGCUAUUCCAUGCAUCGCUGCAAUUUUAA